CCCGUCUGCGUCAGGGGUUUAUUUGUUUAAAGAUGUCAAUUUGAUGUUUGCUUUCUUGUUCCGAAAUUACUUUACUGCCUUACUAUAAGGUAUGGGGAGUAUGACGAAAUGUCGACAAAUGGCCGCUUGGCACCAGGUGCUCCUGCAGGUGGGAGCAGAAGAGGCGUGGGGAGCGGCGAAUGGCAUAGGUGGGCGUGCCUUUGGGCUGGUACUCUAACCAGGGCAUCCACCUAAAGGUGGGGGCGUCCUUCAGCUCGGGGAAGUCCUCCUCAAAGAUCAGGGUGAUGAUUCUCUGGGUCCAUACGGUCCCUAGGGAUAUUUAUUUUCCAUAUCAAAACAGAAAAAACAUUACACGCUACACGCAGACUGCAUCUAUGGUCCAGUGGCGUGUUCUUCUGUGAGGUCAAUCCUGAGGGAAUGUUUUUGUAGCUUCUAUGAAUAAAUGAAACUUAAAAAGGAUUGAAUCUUUUCCCAUCCCCCCUGGCUCUGGCUGGGUCCAGUUGGUCACCAGAAGCUCUUUAUCUCUUUGCCAUUGACACCUCAACGUGCGAGACUCGACUUCCAGUGCUUCGAAGCUCGCGUUCUGGGGCCCUGCCCUGGUGGCCUCUGCCUAACAACGGGAUGUGGACACGCUGCGUAGCAACAGGACGUGGAGACGCCAAACACUCGACCGCCAGCUCCAAGGAUGGCGGAACAGGGAGUGACACGGACCAAACGGGUUUUUAUUAACAACUUAGACCUAUACUCUUCAAAUGUAAUCGCCAAGUGUUUGUACUCUUACGGAGAGAGGGCCCCCCUGGUGGAUGAUGGACAGACUGCGCCCAAGGAAUAUGAUGAACUCACUGAGGUAUCUCAGUCGGACCACAACAACAAGUGCACCUUUGAGAUCGUCGGCACGGUUACCGGCAAAUCUGGGACUAAACGGCCGCACGUGCUUGAAGAAUAUGAUCCACUACAAAGAGGAGAGCUUCUUGACAGACUGAUGGACUGUGACGUCAUCGUCUUCAACGUCAGCGAGCAGGCGGCCGGAGUCGACGACGCCUCCUGGGCUGUCUCAGAGCUCCACCGUAACAUCGAUACGUUUGAUGGACCCAAGAUAUUUAUCCUCAUAUCCUCCGUGAUGACUUGGGCACUCAGCAGGCCGCUUGCUGAUGAUCCAGAGUUGCCCUUCACUGACGAAGACUACAGGAAGAGAAGAGCGCAUCCAAACUUCAAAAAGCACAUCGACCUGGAGAAGCUGGUGGUUAAAAUGGGCAAAACGAGGAGGAGGAGCUUCUGCACGUACGUGGUGGCGUCUGGACUUCAGUACGGGAUGGGAGAGCAAGCCUUCCACCCGCUGUUCAAGAUGUCCUGGGUAGGAGAGGAGCCCCUCAUACCUGUGUUUGGAGGAGGGGCCAAUGUGUUGCCCACCAUUCACAUACAUGACCUGGCCAGCGUGAUCCAGAAUGUGAUCCACCUCAUGCCCAAGCCGUGCUACCUACUGGCCGUGGACAACUCCCAGUACACCCUGGAGGACAUCGUGAAGUCUAUAGCCUUGGUGCUCGGACCAAGGGAGACUCAGAACAGGCCCUUCGAGGAGGCCUUCCUCAUAGCAGACUUUACACAGAUGGAGCUGGACUCCCUGUCGGCCGACCUCCGCCUGGAGGCGGUGUGCGUGAAGGAGCUGCUGCCCUUCCGCUGGGAGUGUGAGGCGGGCAUGGUGGACAGCAUGGAGCUGCUGGUGGAGCAGUACCGGACCACCAGGGGCCUGCUGCCCGUGCGCGUGUGCAUCCUGGGACCCCCCGCCGUGGGGAAGAGCUCUCUGGCCCGCAGGCUCUGCCGUCAGUACCGGCUGAACCACGUCACCGUGCAGACCGUCGUCUCCCAGAGCCUCGCCCACCUGGAGGCGGCGGUGGAGCGGGGAGGGGCGGACCCGGAGGCCAGAGGCUCAGCGGCCGAGGCACAGAGGCUCCUGGAGACCCUCAAAGAGAACAUGCAGCAGAAUGAAGGGCGCCUGGAGGAGCAGUACCUGCUGACGCUGAUGAAGGAGAGGCUGACGUCUGAACCCUGCAGGAACCAGGGCUUCGUCCUGGACGGCUUCCCCAAGACCCAGGAGCAGGCCAGCAGGCUCUUCAGCGCUGAAGAGGACGAAUCUGAGGAUUCAAAGUCCAAGAUGGCUCCCAACGGCGCCGGCAUUAUCCCAGACUUCCUGUUCUGCCUGGAUGCGUCGGACUGCUUCCUGAAGCAGCGGGUGAUGAACCUGCCCCAGAGCGCGGUUCAGCGGACGUCCUACACCUAUGACCGGUUCCCCCAGCGCCUGGCCCGCUACCGGGAGAACCAGGCGCUGGACGGGACCGCCCUCCACUACUUCAACGACCUGGACAUCCUCCCUCAUCACAUAGGGAUCACGGACCCCGAGGACGGGGACUACCUGCUGGCCGUGGAGCAGGUGGUCCGGGCCGUGGGCCCCCCUAGGCACUACGGCCCCAGCAGCCAGGAGCUGGCGGAGGUGGAGGCGGGGGCCAGGAGGAGGGCGGAGGAGGAGCUGACGCGGCGGGCCCAGGCCCGGGCGGAGGAGGAGCGGCAGGAGGAGGAGGAGGAGGAGCAGCGGGCCAGGCGCUGGGAGCAAUGGCGCACCGUGUGGGACGCUGAGCAGGACGAGGCGAGGGGCGUGGGGGAGGCCGAGGAGCGGGCGUCCAGGCGGUACCUCCUGGAGCACGUGAUGCCCACCUUGAGCCCCGGGCUGCUGCUGCUCUGCACGCAGCGUCCGGAGCACCCCGCCGACUUCCUGGCUGAAUACUUGUUCACCAACAACCCGAUGAACUACUGAUGCUAAGGUGUAGUAAUGUCACAGGUCACUUUUUAAGUAAAUACGGAUAGGACCGUUUCGUCCGGUCCCGGAGGUGUUUCGUCCGUCAAUGGGUCCGUCGCCUCUGAGCUUACGAAUCCGGAGUGCUCCGGGAGAAACGGAGCAAAACCACCGGAAAUCAACUCGGGAGCAUAGUCAGAAGUCCAACCAUUCGCGAAAAUAGAUAGAGUAGUAUAAUAUCUGAUAUAUAUAUAUAUUGUCUUUAACGUUUUAUACUUAUAUUAUACUAUUUACCUGUCCUUUUUAUUUUAUUGUUCCCCUGCUUUGGCAAUGAGUUGUAACUGGUCAUUUAAAAAUGGCGCAACAUUUGAAGCGUAGACAGGCAUGAAAAAAACGUUAAUAAAACAUAAGAUCUCCCCCCAACCAAUUACCUUUUUAUUAAAGGUGCCUAAUAAAUACAUUUGUUUUGAUUUGAUAAGCAUUUUACAGACCCAUACAAUGAUAGGGCGUUUAGUACGGUCCUUCACCGUUGUUUCUUUACCUAUAAAAAGCUGCAGUCAGUGUUUAAUUACGCUGAUUUAUCUUUCAGCAUUUCCUAUUAUAGGCUACUGUGUAAAAUGCUGUUUAGAAUUAAUGUUAGUAUCAAGAAAAGAAAGACCCACCGGUGGGGGGAGAUCUUUCUUUUAUUUAUGUUUUUGCAAUAAUGCAAACGUGCAUGUUGCAGAAAAUAUGCAACAGCGCCCCCUGGGGUCACACUUUUCGGUGGGUCGCUGAAUUCGAAGUUACACCGGAGACAACAUCAACGUCCGGAUCCGGAGGUAUGAAUCGGCCUUUACAGUGAAGGGGCGGGGGGGGACCUCAAUACCAAUACUUGUUCAAAAAUCACCAAUAAAAUGACUGAUACUUUUGUCAAAUAUAUCACUAGGAUAUAAAUAGGGCUGGGUAUCGCCACGAAUUUCCAAGAUCGAUUCGAUUCCGAUUCACAAGGUCCGGAAUCUAUAUAAUUUUCAAUUUCAUUCAAUAUCGAUUUAGUUGGAGAUAUUUCAGUUGCAAUACCAAUUUUGCUUAGAUAGGAAAUAUCAUGUAACUAAUGCUGUAUAUUGUACAAGGAACCCUCUGACCUGGUGCAUUAUAACUAAUAUUAAUGUUCACAUUAAGAAUUAACCUCAAAGCAGUUACAUGAAUGUACUUUUUAUCAAACAUGAAAAACAGCCUGUUAGGCUAACAUAUCUUUUUUUAAACCAAAGAAAACCAUUCACAUUGCGUGUACCGCAAUCCAGAUAUUUGUCACAUAUAUUUGUAUGUGUGAGCCUUGGACUGUAUUGUAUGUGAGCUUGGAGUGUUGGUGGUGUCUUGCACUAAUUGGUGAGGUCAUGUGACCUAUAUCACCUCGUGUCAUGUGAAUUUGAAAAGAAAACCUGAUGAAGCAACAGCGGAACACGUAGUUCUCAAUAAAUCAGCUAAUCAGCUCAUACCAGUGUGUGGUGAUUUGACACUUCUUUGAACAGAUAUUUGUCCUAGAUAUUCAGAUAUUUCACGAUCUACAAAUGCAUUUUUUACUUGUCUGAAAUACAUAAACUCAUACAGAAAAUAAAUGUACAUGUGAAGAAGUCAAUACUAAUUUGUGGAACUUGUUUAUUAUUCU